AUGACUUGCCUCACUACAGUUUUCGCUAUGGCGUGUAUAGGGUCAAGUAGGCUCUGUGCUCGUGCAGAGAAAUUGUGCCAGUUCGGACAUUUCGCCCAAUUACGAAGGAAAGUUUCGACGACAUGUGUCAAGUCACGAUCCAGAAUCGACCAGCAGACCAGUACUUUGGUUCAACAUUGUCAGAGUAGAACGAGCACGCUGGACUACAGGACGAAUGUCACAAGGAUGAUGAGUUCUAUGCAAACACAGCUACCCGGAUCCUUGCACGAUUACCAAGUCGACCCUUACCGACUUCUCGAAGACGACCUGAAGGACAUUUACGACGAUGUACGAGAGGUACUCAUCAGGAACACCACGCAGAAGGAGCUGCAAACUAUAGCGACGUACUACUUUGACGGGAAGGGAAAGGCAGUGCGGCCGAUGGUAGCAAUUCUCAUGGCACGGGCUAUCAAUUACCACAAGGAAAGAAACGAUCUCUUGGCAUCGCAGCGACAGGUGGCGAUGAUUUCCGAGAUGAUCCACAACGCCUCGUUAGUGCACGACGACGUAAUCGAUCAGCCUGACUUCCGCCGCGGUAAACCUUCGGUCAACGUUGUCUGGAGCCAAAAAAAGGUAACGAUGGCGGGAGAUUACAUUUUGGCAGUCGCGUCGAUUAUGAUAGCCCAGCUUCGAAAUGACAACGUCACUCUUACCCUCAGUCAGGUCGUGACGGACCUGGUGCAGGGUGAAUUUAUGCAGCUCGGCUCUAAGGAAACAGAAAACGAAAGAUUCGCGCAUUACCUCACGAAAACAUAUCGCAAGACGGCCAGUUUGAUCGCCAAUUCUUUGAAAUCUGUGGCCAUGUUAGGGGGUGCUGACGAUCAAUUGGCAGAAUUAGCUUUCCAGUAUGGUAGAAAUAUUGGUUUGGCAUUUCAAUUAGUUGACGAUCUUUUGGAUUUCGUGUCGUCUUUGGCGGCAAUGGGUAAACCUACUGCGGCUGACCUCAAGCUGGGCCUUGCAACUGCUCCGGUUCUUUUCGCGUGUGAACGGUUUCCAGAAUUAAACGCGAUGAUCAUGCGCCGGUUUCAAGAGCCAGGAGACGUUGAAAAAGCUUUUGAACUCGUACACAAAUCACAAGGUCUCGAUCAAACGAGAUUUUUAGCUCGAAAACAUUGCGUGGAGGCCGCCAAGCUCGCGCAAUCCUUAGCCGAAAGCCCAUACCAAAAAGGUCUGCAAGUAGUCUGCGAUUUAGUAUUGAAUCGUAUGAAGUAGCGACGUGAGAAGUUAUGUCUCCAUCUAUGAAAGAAAAACGAAUGACGUAGUCGUGAAGAAUUAAUAUUGGCAUCGGUUCUGACUAGUGCCAAUUAAAAAUUGCAUCGAACGAAAUGUAACGUACCUUCGACAGGUUGCACGAGUUAAAAAGCAAGGACGAAUGCAAGAGAGUCAAAGGUAUUUUUUCUGUUAACACCUGUUGUACAUUAAAAACUCGUGACGAAUGAUGUUCGAUCGAUUACCAUCGAAAGUACUUGAAGUUCUGUUUUAACUUGUAUGUUUGUUACAUAGAAGUUGUAGAUGUUUGUCGCUACGGGAUUGUUAAAGAAGAGUUAAUUCGAUAAAAUCGAAAGAUCGGUAGGGAAUUAUUUUUAUAAAUUAUAUCGUAAUUGUAUGCGUAACACAAAGAGAAACGCAUAAUUUUAUGAUGAUCAUUGAAAAUAUUGACGUGCAAGUGGUGUUAUUAUGAAAUUUUUGAACUUAUAAUCGUUUCGAAUUUUUUUUAACGUUUCUUUCUUGUUAGCAAACUGAAUUCAAGUUUUGAUUCAAGUCUGAAUUUAGACACCAAGUGCCUAGAUAUAUUUUCCAAGAGAGAGAGACGCACUAUAUAAAAAAAGAUAAAAAUGUAAAAAACGAGCGGUAAUGUUUACUUCGCUCCAUAGCACACAUAU